GUCAUUGUAAUGAAAACUAAAUUGAAAUGAUCGUAAAAAUAAUUUACAUUGAAAUCUACAUUUCAGUUUGAACUUUGAUAAAGCUUUUUGCUUUAUAGUGGUAUUGUGGAUAUGUGUGUAUUUCAAAAAUUGUAAUUCACUGCCGGUAUGAAAAUAGUUGCGGUGUUUUUGGUAACGUGUUUGGUUGGGUGGCAAAUCAGGGCGAAAACGGUUUACGACGAGCUUGAAAAAGACAUAGGAGAAGAUGACUUAAGUAGUUUGUUGUACAGCAUCCAAGAUGAUGUGAAGGAUAUCAAGCUUGAUCUAACAUCAAAUGACAAUGAAAAUACUCCUGAUACAAACAAUGAGUACUGGAUAAACAAGCAAAAUGGUUACACACACAAAGAAGAGAAAUUUAAUGGAGACAAAGAUGACGACAAUGACGAUAGUGACGACGAAGUGACAAGAGACGUUGGUGUAAAUAUCAUACCAUGGCCAAAAACAGCCAAUGGUGAACUAAUCAUACCGUACGUGAUUGAUAGUUCAAUUGUACCUGGAACACUAAAGUUCAAAAGAAUUUUAAAUUUCAUUGCUCAAAUGAAUAAUCUGAUGACAUGUAAUGAUAACGAAUGGAGACCACGAACAACAGAGGCUGAAUAUGUUUUGUUUACUAACUCCACUGGCUGUUCAAGCUAUGUGGGAAAAGCCGUUGCUCCACAACCGCAGCCGAUACAUUUAGCUGAUGGGUGUGUGCUGAAUAACGAUGGUACUGUAUUGCAUGAAAUGAUGCAUGCCAUGGGUUUCUAUCAUGAACAUCAGAGAAGUGAUCGAGAUAGUUACAUCAUAAUUAACAAGGAAAAUAUACAAAAAGGUGCUGUUGGUAAUUUUGACAAAGUAGAGACACAAUCAUUCAACGCACCAUAUGAUUAUGGAUCAGUAAUGCAUUAUGGUCGAACAUAUUUCUCACGGAACGGUAAGGACACAAUAACACCAUUAAAAAAUGGAGUACACAUUGGGCAACGCGACGCACUAUCGGCAAUCGAUAUACUGCAAAUCAAUACGUUUUACAAUUGUUUGGCUUCCAAAACAACACCUUCUACAAGUACUAUAACCAUCACAACGCCAAAGAAAACAUCUGCUUCCACCUCCACAACACCAAAGACAACAUCUGCUUCCACCUCCACAACGCCAAAGACAACAUCUGCUUCCACCUCCACAACACCAAAGACAACAUCUGCUUUCACCUCUACAGCACCAAAGACAACAUCUGCUUCCACCUCCACAACACCAAAGACAACAUCUGCUGCCACCUCUACAGCACCAAAGACAACAUCUGCUGCCACCUCCACAACACCAAAGACAACAUCUGCUGAAACUACUCCGACUCCAAAACCAUCAUCAACAACAACAACAUCAACAACAACAAAAACAACAACAACAACAACAACAGCAAAAACAAUUUUCCCUUCAACUGCAGUUGUAUUGGAAAAUUGCGAUUACGAAAAUAUACGCUGGCGGAGAUGUAGAUUAUACCAAUUUCGGAAAAUUGUUGGACAGAGUAACAGUUACGUAACUUACUCACCCUCCUCAAGGUGUAUAAAGUAUGUCCGAUCUUUGGGUGGAUGGUGGAGAAGAAAAAAAGGAAGAACAUGUGUUAAAAGAAGUCCUAGAAAUGGAAGGGUUCUUUUAUACGCGUUCGUUAGAAGGUCAAAUUUUGCAGCAUUAAAGUGCACAUGCACGUGGAAAGAAUGCAGUGAUAAAAAGUAUUGCGUUUCAUUUUCGUAUCGACGACGUGGUGUACAAAAACAACCAAUAACAUCAGUGGAAGUUGCCUUGAGCGCACGGUGUUUCAGAAUGGUCGAUUAUCAACGUGUUUUUGUUACCAUGGACUUGAAGCAAACUGCAGAGUUUAAGACACAUCAUGUGGAGUUCCAUUCAAAUUGUGCAAGGUUCUUCUCGGCUGGCAUUAAAACAAUAAAAGGCAGUGACACUAUUGAUGUGGACAACUUCAAACUGUCAACAGGAUCCUGUUCUGCUCAAAGUAACGACGAGAUAUCAUAUAGUAAAGGACUAAAAAGAGAAGCUUUAAAAGAGAGACUGCAACAUAUUCAAUCUAAACUUCACACAGUACGCGAUGAGCUUGUAAAGCUUGGAUAGUGAGGAAACGGCGUGGCUUGCAUUUUUUUCAGCGGUAAAUAAUACUUGAGUCCUCUUUAUACACAGCUGACUUUUUGGAUUUCAAACAAGGUCUUUAGAAAGCACUGAUACUGAGAACCUCAUGGUUUUUUUGUUAUUAUACUAGGGUCUUAUUUUGGGAGUGGUGGUAAAAUUUGAUUUGCAGAUUGAUUUUUUAAGAUUAGGACGAGUUAUAAAGGUAUUGUGAUUUUUAAAGAUUUACC